CAAAAAUUUAUAAUAUAAUCUUUGUUCUUAAAUAACAAAUUAAGUAUGGGGAGACCAAUAUUGGAAUAUUUGGAUGGAAAUCGAGUUUAUGUAUGCAAGAAAUGUCGAAUACACCUAACGAAUUAUGAAAAUAGAAUAUCUAAAGUAUUAUUUAAGUUUAAACUUAAGAAUUUCAAAGGAGGGACAGGAUAAGCAUAUUUAUUUGAUAAAGGGUAUUAUUUAGUAUUGAAUUAGAAUAAACUACCAUGUAGGAUUGCCUUAAGAUAAAGAUCUGUUAACAGGUAAACACACAGUUUAAGACUUGAUGUGUAAUGGUUGUGAUUAUAUAAUUGGUUGGAAAUAUGUAAUUCAAAAGUUAUAUAAUCAAGAUAAAAGCAUUUAGAGAAUCUGAGAAAUAUAAGGAAGGCAAAAUAAUUAUCGAGAAAUAUUUUGUCGAAAAAAUUAAAUGGAACUGAUU